GCAGGCGGCUGCUGCUCCCGGUUCGCAGUUUGCAAGGUGGAGAGGGAUGCUGGAGCGGCUUUUGCAGAGGGUGCAACUGGCCUGAGGGACCCCGGCAGUUUCUCACGUGGGAACUGACGACUUGACACGGGUUUCCUAAAAGAUGAAGGUCCUCUGGCCUUGGAGGAAGAUCUGGGCUGGGAAGAGCCAUCUCUGCAGGCUGUACAGGGCAGGUGCCCUUCCUUCCCACAUCUCUGAGCGCCUGGUGUUUUACGAGAAGCUAAAAGCUGCUGCGGCUGAACGAUGCGCCGAGCGGAGCCACAAAAACAGCCGGCCGAUCCGGAUUUCCAUACCAGGUGGCAGUGAAAUAAACGGGGAGGCCUGGAUGACCACGCCGUAUCAAGUGGCGCUGCAGAUAAGCCGGAGUCUGGCCCAGGGUGCCGUGGUGGCACGGGUGAAUGGGAGCCUACAUGACCUGGAUCGCCCGCUGGAGGGCGAUGCCAGCUUGGAGUUCGUGGAUUUCGAAUCUCGGGAUGGGCAGGCGCUUUUCUGGCACUCCAGUGCCCACGUUCUAGGAGGUGCCGCCGAGCAUUUCUACGGUGCCUCCCUGUGUCACGGACCCAGCACUGAAAAUGGCUUCUUCUACGACAUGUAUUUGGAUGAGGAAAGGACUGUGUCCAGUAAAGACCUGCCGGUCCUGGAGGAAAUCUGCAAGGGGAUAAUCGCCAAGAACCAUCCCUUUGAACGGCUGGAAGUGUCUCGAGAGGAUCUGAUGGAGCUCUUUAAGCACAACAAAUUCAAACUUCAGAUUAUCGGCGAAAAGGUGAAAUCUCCGACUGCCACCGUGUACAGGUGCGGGCCCUUCAUCGACCUCUGCCGGGGGCCGCACGUCCGGCAUACGGGGGAGAUCCGUGCACUGAAGCUCCUGAAGAACGCCUCCUCCUACUGGCACGGAGACCCUUCCAAGGAGUCCCUGCAGCGUGUCUACGGCAUCUCCUUCCCCAGCCCCAAGCAGCUCGCGGAAUGGGAACGUGCUCAAGAGGAGGCUGCCCAGCGGGAUCAUCGGCGGAUAGGCAAGGAUCAAGAGCUUUUCUUCUUCCAUGAACUGAGCCCAGGAAGCUGCUUCUUCCUCCCCAAAGGAGCGCACAUUUACACAACUCUCAUGGACUUCAUUAAGAGUGAGUAUCUCAAGCGCGGCUUCUCUGAGGUGAUCACCCCCAACAUUUACAACGCGAAGCUGUGGGAGGCAUCUGGCCACUGGCAGCACUAUGCUGAGCACAUGUUCUCCUUCAGGGUCGAAGAUGAGACCUUUGCCCUCAAGCCAAUGAACUGCCCUGGCCACUGCCUCAUGUUUGGCCACCGGCCCCGAUCCUGGAGGGAGUUGCCUCUCCGCCUUGCUGACUUUGGGGUUCUGCACAGAAACGAGCCGUCGGGAGCCCUGACUGGGCUGACGCGUGUGCGCCGGUUCCAGCAGGAUGACGCUCACAUCUUCUGCGCCAUGGAUCAGCUGGAAGGAGAAAUUCAAGGCUGCCUGGACUUCCUUCAAGCUGUCUACUCGGUUUUCGGAUUCACUUUGCGCUUCUACCUCUCCACCCGCCCCGAGAAAUUCCUCGGGGAGCCUCACCUUUGGGAUCAGGCCGAGGAGCUGCUGGAAAAAAGCCUCCGAGACUUUGGACAGCCUUGGGAGCUCAAUCCUGGGGAUGGCGCCUUCUACGGGCCAAAGGUUGAUAUUCAGAUCAAAGAUGCCCUAGGCCGGCACCACCAAUGUGCCACCAUCCAGCUGGAUUUCCAGAUGCCCAUCCGGUUUGAUCUCUCGUACGCAAGCAAAGACAGUGGUGUGGAGGAGAGACCAGUGAUGAUCCACCGAGCAGUCCUUGGCUCUGUCGAGAGGAUGCUGGCUGUCCUGGCGGAGAACUACGGUGGGAAGUGGCCCUUCUGGCUGUCCCCGUUCCAAAUUAUGGUGAUCCCUGUUGGCCCAGACGUGGAGGACUAUGCCUGCGAGGUCCACCAGCUCUUCCACCAGGCAGGAUUCAUGGCAGACAUCAAUUCUGACCAAAGCUUGACCCUCAAUCGCAAGAUCCGAAAAGCCCAGCUGGCCCAGUACAACUUCCAGUUUGUGGUCGGCCGAAAGGAGAAGUCCAACCGCACCAUCAACGUCCGUAGCCGCAACAACCACCAAUAUGGCGAGCGGGAUUCGCACGAGGUGCUGCGCAGGCUCCACGAGCUCCAGGAAGCUCGUGUCAGAAAUGCUGAAGAGCUCUUCUGAAGGAGAGGCGAGACCCCCAUCAUCAACUUGCCAGGACAUCCACAAGAAACAGAAACAACAGCAAAAGCUGUCGGGGGUGGUGGUGAAUCAUUUCACAAGUGUCGUGCUUUUGGGGCACCUCAAGGUCACAUUAUAUUUCAAGAUCCUUGUCUUCACCAAGGUGCAUCGGUGCCCCCACAGUUUGGAGACUGAGUUCAUCUUAUCAAGCAAGGAAUCCUUGUUUACUAGAGCUGAACCAGCCCAGGGCGUACAUCAAAGCCUCCCCGCUGCCUUCUCUGAACAUCCCUCGAAAUCUUGCAAUUUUUCAUGGUUGAGUGGCAGAGAGAACAGAACCCGCUUUCUCAGAAAAUCUGUGGAAACGCAUUCUUGGAGGGAUGCCAAGUUUCUCCCCUUCACGCUGGCCAGCCUUUCUUUCACGGUCACCGCAUCCCCUGCGGAGGCCCGUAAUUAAAAUACUUUUCCUUGAGAAAUUGCA